AGUCAGAGCGAGUUGUCGAUCAACGCGCGACAACGAGCAUGUAAGUUAUCGGCCAAAAAAGUCAAAAAGUUGUUCUUAGUUUCGAUACGAUAUAUUUCAUCAUCGGUAUGGCAACUUUGCCGCUUUUACCAGGAUAUACUUUUCGAGACGUUACUGUAAAAUUGUGUGUGGGCUAUCGGUUUCAUAUUUUGAGGGGUAUAGUUUUCCAAAUUGGUACUUUGAUAGCUAAUGAGGACGUAUUGAACUUGUCAUCGUUUCAUAAGGUCAAGGAUUACAAAUUGCCCCAUAAGCUCGACGUUUUAAAUGGCUUUCCUGUGGUGCGCGAUACUAAUUACGGCAUCGGAAGGAGACUGACGGACGCAGCAUCCGUUCGAUACGUUAAGGGUUUAGAUCCUGUGGAAUAUGAUAUACGAUCGAUUUACGGUCGGGUGCCUUGCUACGUGUAUCAUCAAUUUGUGCCUCAUUACGCGUUGUUCGCGCAAAAGUGCCUUCGCUUCAAAGCCUUCUUCCGUCAAGGAGUCUUCAAUUCUCCGAACGAGCAUUAUCGAGUUCGCCACGUAGACAUCAUUUACUAUUUGGAAGACGAUACGCUUUGCGUGAUAGAGCCCGUGGUGAAGAACGCUGGUUUCCGGCAAGGCAAGCUGGUGAAACGCGAUAAGAUCCUGAAGAAUGUCAAAGGGGAUCUGUUUGCCUGGAAAGAUUUCAAUGUCGGAAUCGAUAUUUGCAUUUACGGUGUGGUUUAUCACAUCGUCGAUUGUGACCCGUUCACCAGAGAGUUCCUGACGAGUCAAGGUAUCGACGUUGGUGAAAAGGAGAGUCUUCCCACGGAUCCUUACACAGAGCAGCGCGACGCCAAAUGCAGGAUCGCACCAUUGGGGGUGACACGAGUGAUGAAUGAUGAUCCCAGACGACGCUUCCUAGAAUACGAUGGUAUGGUGUUGUCAUUUGACGCUAGCUGGAACGGUGAUCGCUAUCGAGUGAUGUAUUUCCUGAUGGACGACACUGUGGCGAUUCGCGAGAUUCAUGAACCCAAUGAUGGCAAAGACCCCGUGACGAUGCUGCUGAAGCGAAUGCGCGUUCCCAAGAACUGGCAGAAUCUACCGUCUUGGCAUCCGAGUAUCUACAUGGAAUAUGGAGAUCCCGAGAUCGUGGAAUACUGCACGCCGCAAGAUUUUAGAGUAGGCGAAACGAUCCUCCUAUUCGGACGACGCUUCUUGCUGCACGACUGCGACGUUUUUACGCGUAAAUAUUACUCCGACAUGCUGGGCACACCGCAGCCAGACGCGAUUCCAAUUUCUACGAGUGUGGAAAGACCAGCACGGAAGUACGAGAUACCGCCGCAUAUCAAGUUCGGCAGCCCCGAAGAUACGUACGCCAGCUGUUUGUCGUUCGUACCGAAGCCACCCAAGAAGGACGUCAUUCGCCAGUUGGCGAAUUUUCCGAAAAAGUUGCGCUAUUCCGCGCGAAUGGAUGCGGUGCACCCGGAAGAUGAGGAUCGCCACUUUGUGCUGGAGUACAGCCUGAGCAACGGCACCAUUCAAAUCAAUGAAAUCGAAAAACGUAAUUCUGGCCGUCGCGAGGGUUGCUUCCUAUCUUCCAGGUUAAUUCCGAAGCCGUGCACGGAGAGGGACAACCCGGAAUAUUAUACGCCGCAGGAUUUUUUCAUCGGCGUGCGCAUCAACGUGUUCAAUCAUCGUUUCAUCAUUACCGGUGCUGAUUUAUUCGUCUAUCGCUAUGUCGAGGCAAACGGUGAUAAAUUCUGCCAGGAAGUUCGAGAGAAUCUCCGAAAUUAUUUUCUACAGCAAGGUAUGCUACAGGACGACAUAGACAUUGAAGCUAGAAAGAUGCAAGAGCUAGAGGAUGAACGAAAGCUUUUCGCGGAUGAUGUAAUAAGAAACAUCCAAGAUGAUACUAAUGCGAGCAAAUGUAGCGACAAAAAAUUUGAUAUGACUGGUCAGAAAGAACUGACAAUGGUUUAAUUAAUCAAUCAACGCAUAAAUUUAUCGGCGUUUUCAAUACCGAUCCAUCAUUCGAUUCAAACCUAUGAGGUUUGCUAAUAAAUCUUACAAGCAAUUCUUUUUUCGUCCUUUAUAAAAAUAGCACUGCCUUAUAUACAGAGUAACCUGAAUAAUAUUGACAAAAAUUAGUUUCGUUGAAACAAAUUUAAAAUUGAUUUCUCUUUGAUCAAAAGCAGAAUGCUGGAUUACUGGAUUAUUAAUAAUUUUUAAAUUGAGUGUCAAAUGAAAUUAAAUGAAAAACGUGUUAAAAAUUCGAUUUUUUUUUUUUUUAAUAUUAAUUUCAUGUACAUUUUUAUAAAAUUUAAAAAUUAAUUUUAAAUAUCAAAGAAGGAGCAUCUACUCAACUUGUAACGUCAGAGUCUGUUCUCGUAUUGAUCAAGGAAAUCGGUUAUAUUAUUCAGUAUCACUCACAAUAUAACAUUGCCAUCGUUGCAGAGACUGUUUAUCAUCUAAUGAAAAAACAGAGAUGCGUUUAACAGUAAGAAUAUCUCAUGAAAUGGUACAAUAAUAAUGAUCGUCGUCAUCGUGUACAUUACAGUAGAUUAAUUGUAAUAUUAUUUCACUUUUCGUUAUAUUAUUCUCAACUCAUUUCUCUGUAGUCCAUGAAUAAUAUAAUAAUAGAUGAUAUAUUCGCAAUACAGAUAUAGAA